AUGGCGGACGUGGCGGGCCCCUCCCGCUCGGGCGCCCCGGCGUUCUGGAGUCGCGACAUUUCUGAUGAAGAACAAUCAGUAGUAUAUGUUCCAGGAAUUUCUACAGAAGGAAAUAACAGAUCAAGAUACAAGUCAAGUCUAAAAGCUGAUGGUAAAGUUAAUAUGUCCAGAGUGACUCAUACUUCAAUCGAUAUGGAGUCUUUAAAAGGUGCCGGAGAUGCAGUAGGUGAACAGAAUUUGUGCAAGGAAGGAGCAAAGAGUGCAUCGUUGAAGGAUUUAUGUCUGGAAGACAAAAGGCGCAUUGCAAACUUGAUUAAAGAACUUGCCAGAGUAAGUGAAGAAAAGGAAGUGACAGAAGAACGACUAAAAGCUGAGCAGGAGUCAUUUGAAAAGAAAAUCAGGCAGUUAGAAGAACAGAAUGAACUGAUCAUCAAAGAAAGGGAAGCUCUUCAGCGACAGUAUAGAGAAUGCCAAGAACUUCUAAGUCUCUAUCAGAAAUACCUAUCAGAACAGCAAGAAAAGCUCAACAUGUCUCUCUCAGAACUUGGUGCUGCUAGAAUGCAAGAACAACAGGUUGAAGAAAUCUGGAGACUUGUCAAUGAAUUUGAAAGUUGCUCCCUUACCUUCUAUUUUGUCUUAAUGUUAAGAACACAAACUGCAUUUAAGCCCAGAAAGGAUGCUGAUAAAGUGUUUACUAAACCCAGAGAGCUCAAUCUGGAUGUAAAUGGGAGUUACUCUGCACCAAGUUUCUUAAUGUCAAAAUGUGAUGAAUGGUUACCUACAACCUCAGCAUCCUUUAAAAAGCACCAAGACUCCCCACAUAGUAAAGAGAACAACAAAAAGGAGAAGAAGACCGUUGGGUUUCAGUCAUGUAUAGAAGAUGAUGCCCAGUGGGUGUGUCCAAAAACAGAUACAUGCAAACCCCAAAGAGUAACAGUGACAGAAGUUAGAAAAGAUGCAUCCACAUCUCCUAUCUUAAUAAGAAGCCAAAAGGAGCUUGUAACCUCGGCCUCCUCAUCAUCCCAAUAUAACAUCUCUCAAUUAAAAGUGACAGAAGUUAGAAAAGAUGCAUCUACAUCUCCUAUCUUAGUAAGAAGCCAAAAGGAGCUUGUAACCUCGGCCUCCUCAUCAUCCCAACAUAACAUCUCUCAGUAUGAGACAUCCCUGUUGGAUUUGGUUCAUUCUCUGAGCCCACACUCUGCUCACAAGCCUCAUCCUCAUUCAUUCAGAGAAGUUGGGGCCCAGAAUCACAAUGCUUUCCGACUUAGCCCUCAAAAAUCAAUCUGGAAGAAGACGGGAACACAUAGGACUCCUGAAGACCUGGAGGAGAAUCAAAUUCUGGAAGAUAUCUUUUUCAUUUGACUCCAAAGCAUAAGCUACAAAAUUUCCACAGGAAAUUUGUGGGUUUCUUCACAUACUGAUCUAGGAUGUUAAAAUGAUUGAUUACAAAGUAAUUGUGAGUCUCCUUUCACAGGGACCUAUCUCACUGGCACCCUACAAUGUAUUGAACAUAGAAUUUUCCCUAAACAACCCAAGGUGUUUUUGAUCAGACUAAUCAGUAGAUAAUACAUUAAAGGGAAGUAAGAGGAAUAGUACCAUUUUAUGCCAGGGAUUAGAAAUUUAGGGUACUUUUUGCAUGGCAGACAUCGUUGUAUAUUCAUUGUCAUUUAAAGAGUGUUUCCUUCUCAAUCGCCUGAGGAGAAAGAUUGGUUCUCUUUUCUACACAACAAAAACCUUUCCUUCAAAGAUACCUCAAAUACCUUGUGACAAGCAAAUUUCAUAAAGACGUUUACAUUCUCCCCCUGUUCUCUCACCACUGCCUUUCUGUAAGUGUGAUCCUUUAAUUCUAAAGUUUGAGUUGGUACCUCUACCACCAGAAGCACCGGGAAUAAGUUGUGAGUCAGUUGUAGUAGUCUUCAGCCUGGUAACUGACCUUCCUAAAACCAAAAGGUCCAUUGGGCUAGAAGAAAGGACUCAACCAACUCUUGGAAACAAGCAGCAUUAAAAUGCAUAGUGGUCCUGGAAAAAAUUCAGAAGAGAAACAAGCUGAAUACUUUUCCUACCAAUGUUCAUGUUUCUGCCCCUGUAGUUUCCCUGGAUGAAGAAAAGCAAGCUCUAGAUAUUUCUUACUGACCCAAGUAUCAUAUCAGUUCACCUUCUAUCAAAUGUGCUCUUGUAAAUUGCCAUAGUUAUAUCUGGAGAAGAUUUCUUCAGAUGGAGAGUGGCGCCCAGCAGCUACAGCUGAUAGGCUUCCGCUGGCAUUUCUCCCCCCAUGCAGGUGAAAGUUCCUGGUUGUCCAGGCCUUGCAUGUUUUCUGUCUAUGAAAACCAUGUAGUUUGGGCAGCCUCCAUGUCCAAGAGAAAAUCUCAUUGUCCCUACAGGCUGUCCUGUUGCUUCUACCCAGUCUUCCUUUACUUGGGUCUUUUCUUCUUUGGAGGAAAGAAUGACAUUUUCUUAAUCCAAAGUAAACCCAAGGGUAGAACUAAGCUAAUGGUAAAUGUUUUCUUGAAAAGUUGAAAAAUUAUUGAAGAUUCCAAUUUCCUUUUAAAUUUAUCCCUCUGAGAGUAGCCAAUCAGUUUCACUCCAUUUCAAAGGGCUUUUGUAAUAUGGAGCUCUCUUUGUUGUGUCUAAAGUGAGUACAUGGCAAAUAGGCAUUUUGAAAGAGAAAAGCUAUCACCACAAUCUUCAUAUGUCCUCUUCACACACCACCAGUUGUCAUUCUCUAUACAUUUUAUUGGUGUUGGUAUGAGGGAAAUAAGAUGUGAAUUUGUUUAUAAUGCAGUAUCUUAAUGGUUAAUUGAAUAACAUGCUAAUGUUUUCCUCAAUAUUAAAAUUACUUUGAGAUAUGUAUGUUCUAGUAGAACCUUGAGGCCUAACUUAUUAUUCUUGACACAAAGGGCUCGACCCUUCAGAGAGAGAGAGAGAGAGAGAGAAUAUUCCCAGCAGGCUGCUUUAGAUUUGUUUGCCUGUCCAAGAUUUCCCCAAAACAAGACUGGACACACAGUAACGGUACUGCAAAUAGAAUUACAACAAUGCCUAUCCUGCUACCCAUCAG